AAGCCAUCUUAAUUCACUUGAUCCCAUCAGAGCUGCUUCUGUCUGGAGCAUGAGGGUGUGUUGUAAUGUGUUUUUCACAUGGGACGAAUGCUGACGACAGAUGGGGGCUGGAGAGCUGGGGCUGGACAGUGCUUUCCAGUUACAGCUCUUCAGAUCAAGACUUGGAGAAGGAGCACAGGAUCUGCCCCGUCUACCAAUCUCCUAGGAUGUCCAGACGCAGUCUUCGUCUGCACCCUAGUACAAGUUACUAUGGAGAUGACAGUGUGCUUGACUCAUCACUCCACAACAGUGCCAACUUACGCAUAGAUGACAAGAAUCUGCAUAGAAGGCCCAUUCGCUCUUGGUCGACAACAAUAUUUCAGGGUCCGAGGUCUGCUUCAACAUCAUUCCAGGAUUCCCAUAACAGCACGCUGAACAGCUUUGCACCCAGUGAUUCCUCUCUGCUGGAUGAGUCCUCUAUACAGGAGCACACACUAGUCGACAACUUUUGGGGUUUGGAUGAGGAUGGCGAUAUCAGGGCCCGACCACUGCGGCCACAACAGAAUAUAAGAGAGGCCUCAAUGCAGGUCUUUGAAGCUCAGAACGGCUACCUUGGAAGCAAAAGCACCAGAGACUACCAACCCUCUCGUGCUCCAAUCUCUGCCCGGCACACUGCUGCUGAUGCUGCUAGAGAUCAAGCAUCUUCAGCCGCAUCAUCUGGCAAAGCCGCCUUUGCUAACCCUACAGUAUAUGGCAGGGACAGCCACAGGCAAAAGCCAGGUGACGACUGCAAAAGGAAGCACAAUUUGGCAUCAAGUACCCAGUCUCCUCAGGAAUAUGUGCCUGCAGGGAAGACUGCCUCAGGAAGCUUCUGGUGGCUAGUCGAUCUCUUUUCCAAGUGUCUCCCAAUGUUUUCAAAGCUUCUAUUUCUUGUACCUUUCCUACUGUUCCUCGCCCUGUGGUACUGGGGUCCGUCCGGAUUGUUGGCCAUGCUGCCUGCUGCUUCGAGGACGUCCUCUCACCACACCCCACCAACCACUAAAACCUCCAUGAGCAACUCUGAGAAAGGUCAAACUUCUGCUGACACUGACUAUCAGCGGGUCUCUGUUCUGUCAACGGUAGAUUCUGAAAGGCUCAUACGCUUGGAAGACCGGAUGGCUCAGCUGUGGGAUCGAGUGGCAGGGGCUUUGCUCAGACAGGAAGAGCAGCACACAGAAGUGUUGAGUCUGUACAACACACUGCGAGUAGAGGUGCACAGGCACACUGACAGAGAAAGCAUGGGCAAGUGGAUCGGUGACAUGCUGGAGGAGAGAUUCAGCCACCUGCAGGGAGAGGUGGAGAAGGAGGCCAAGCACACCCAACAGCGUCGUGAAAAGCACACCGAAGAGCGUGAGACAGAGAAUACUCGACUUGCUGAAGCAGAGGCUCUCCUGCAGACUCUUGCUCGCAGAACUGAGGAGCUUCAGAGAAAACAAGACCCUGCUAAAAUGAAGGUGCCCGAGGCUGAGCUACGCACUCCAGAAUCCGACAGUGAGGAGUCAGAGGACACCACCUCCAGUGAACUUCUGCUGGUAGAGGUUAAGAGGCUGGAGGAGGGAUUGGCACACAUCAGAGAUGAUGUGCAGGGGUUGAUGGGUUGCAGAGACAGAUGUGAGCAGCUGAACUCUCUCCAGAGCUCGGUAUCGGAGCAGGUGGAGAGGGAAGUAAGGUCCAUGUUUUACGGCAGUGACCUGGCAGAUGAGCUGGAGCUACCUCAGUCUUUCCUGCAGUGGGUCUCUGAUCAGUUUGUGAACACCACUGAACUACAGGCUUCACUCAUUGCCCUGGAGCGCAACAUUCUUGGUAACCUGUCCCUUCAGAUAGGGGAGGGCCAGUCUCCUUCUAAAGAGACAAUCGCCCAAACUAUACGACAUGCUACUAGUGAGACGGGCCUCACUGAGGAAGAUGUAGAGUUGAUUGUGAAUAAUACUCUUAAACGGUACUCUGAAGACCGCACUGGUCUGGUGGAUUAUGCAAUGGAAGCUGGAGGAGGUAGCAUUAUUGGCACACGCUGCACAGUGUCCCACGAAUCCAAAACGGCAUUGCUGAGUCUGUUUGGUCUCCCGCUGUGGUAUUUCUCCCAGUCCCCACGUGUCGUAAUACAGCCUGAUGUGCAUCCUGGGAACUGUUGGGCGUUUAAAGGUUCAGAGGGUUAUCUGGUGAUCGGGUUGUCCAUGAUGAUCGUGCCUACAGCCUUUACUCUGGAGCAUAUCCCAAAAUCCCUGUCGCCCACCAGCAGCAUCAGCAGUGCCCCUCGAGAAUUCAAUGUAUAUGGUCUGGAUGACGAGUAUCAGGAAGAGGGACAGUUGCUCGGUCAGUUUGUUUUUGAAGAAGAUGGAGAUGCUCUUCAGACAUUCACGGUCACUGAGGAGGUCAUGAGAAGUUUUCAGAUCAUUGAGUUGCGAGUGUUGUCUAAUUGGGGUCAUCCAGAGUACACCUGUCUUUACCGUUUCCGGGUGCAUGGAAAGCUUGUUGAAGAGUAACUUACAACAGAAUAUAAUAAAUCUGUCAUGCACUGAAAACAUGGACUCAAGAAACAUAUAAUGUGCUAUAGGUCUAUACAGUUAGGACUACACUGAGGUUGUAUGAUAUAUAUAUAUAUAUAUAUAUAUAUAUACUGUAUGAAAUGAUUGCAUGCAGGUACAUAGACUGUUAUGCCUCAGUUCCAGAUACAGCAAUUGCACUUCUUACAUCAUAUACUUUUCCACCUCUGUCAUUGAUCCUUUUCUUCAUCAAGAAGUCUUUUUCUUUUCAGUUUAUUUUUUACUAUCCCAAUAUGGCUGAAAAUUGUUCACUAGCAAACAAAAUCCAUUGACAAAACUCUCUGAACUAUACACAAACCAGUGAAGAUGUAUUUUAUGUCAAAUGUAAAUAUUGUCACUAGGUUCUCUAAAUUUGAGCAGUUAGUUUAGUUAGUUUGUUUGUUUUAGUUUGUUUUUGCUGUCUGGUGAAUGCUCUAUUUAAGAAUGGCUUAAAAUAAAUCACUGUUUGUUUAUAUGUGUUAUUAUAAGCAAGAUUGUAUUGUGUAUUUUUGUAAAUGCUUUUCAUAAUCUUUAUGCAAAUUAUUUUGUAAUUGCUAUUUGUUCUGUACAGGAUGGCUUUUCAGAUAAAAUCUUUUUUACAUGGAUAAGGAUGGGCAUUAAUUUAAUUUUAUCAAAUGAAGUUUAGAGUCUAAAUAAAUGCUUCAUAUUACUAGGGCUAAGUUACAAACCACAAAUGAAUACAUUUAAUUAUAAUAUAUCAAAGUAAAUAUACAACCGCUUUCAAGGUAACAAUAAUGAGCGUUAACACAAGUUUUGUAUGGUAUAUAGUCAAAUACAUGACAUUACACUAAAAUGAAACAACUAUUAAAUUAAAAGAAACAGGAAGAAAUUAAACAUUCAUACAAGUGGAAGGCUAUGUACACUAAAAGGUCUUUUGAAUUGUACUAUCAAAAAGCUGUCACUUAUUUGUGUAUGUAUUUUUUGCAACAUUCUGAUAAUUGCAGAUGUAUUACUAUGAAAGAAAAUAAUGUCUUUGAGAUUUAAGGUCUGGGUUGUUUCAGAAGGCCUAAUGGAUGAGAGCAAUUGUCGAUAAUUGAAUCUGUAAGUCAGACAUGGUGUACAGGCCUGCAUGUAACAUUAAAUCUUAAAGUCAAACGUUUAACUUGUAUUUAAAAAAAAAGUACAAGAGGGUAAAUCAAAAGGAAACUGACAAAGUUCUCAUAGCUUUAUGAUUUUUUACAUUUUGUAAUGUUUGAAUAAAAUCUGUCUUAAACUGUGCACAUUUAGGUACUUCUUCCUAUUUACAUUUAUGUAUGUAAUAUUUACCAUAAGUAAAGGUUAAUAAAGCUACAGUGGUGUGCACAGACCUCAGCUGGGGCAGAAGUGUGAAAAAGGCACUGAAUUUAUUUUUGAAUGAGUUCAUACACAUAAAUAGUUAAGCAUUUUUGUAAUUAUAUAAAUAUUAAA